GGAAUUUUUUGUAUUUUUUUUAAAGAGAAGAGGGAGGAAUACUUUCUCUAAUUUUGAAACUGAAUAAUAUGUGUAGGAUAAUUUUGUUAAAUAUUUUUCGUGCAAUAAAAUUGGAUAGAGAAAUAACUGAGUUGGCUAAAAUGGAACUUAUCGACCAAAUAUCGGCUUAGGGGACUUCAGUUUGUGAACACUUCGCCGGGCAUAACGGUGAAGAGCAUCCUCGAAUUAUUAUCUAGAGGCCAACGCUCAACUUGGAGUGGGACUUCGGCUUUAUUUCCGCAAAAGUAGUUCGGCCUGGUUACAUCUUAAAACUUUAGCAGUCUCUGCUAGAAAAAGACUACUUUAUCGAGAUGAAAAAUACGGUGAAUAUCAAGCAAAACGAUUCACUGUCAAACGAUCUAAAUGAGUCAAAUUUACGUGAUGAUCGAAACGAGAUAUCGCCUAUAUUGACUUUUGAAAACGACUCAGAUUUAUCGAUAUUGAAUAGUUCUUAUCAAAUUCCGGAUAUACCAAAGAAAUAUAUUGAACCGAUAAUCCUCGAUACAUCGCUACCGUAUAUUCCCGUUUAUAUACAUUUAAAAACGUAUGAUUUAAAACCUCUCGAAAAGCCUCCAACACCAUCUAUUUUAUCUGAGUUACGAUUAAGAUGUCAAGAUGACAGUCAAUCAAUCGAAAGAAUAAAUCAAACUGGCUGGAAAAGUGAAAACCGCGGCAAAGUGAAAGAAGUUUGAAAUUGAAAUAAAAUCUAAGCAAUUAUUUUAUUAAUAUUAAUUUAAGCAUACAAUUUUUUAUUUCUAUAUAAUAUAAAUUUUCUGCUAUGAUCUUUAUAAAAUUUAAUUUUUAACUAUAAAAAUAAAAAAUUUAUAAAUUUUU